AUGAGUCAAAUUGACUAUGGCCAAUACACCGUGUUGAAGUAUCAACCCAGUGAUACGGGCAACCUCAUCGUGGGCAUCCUCUACGUCGUGUUGUCGCUCUGGUUUUUCGUAGCAGCCUUUCUUUCUCGAGCAAAGUGGACGCUGGUCUUGCCAAUCGGUGCCGCCGCUUCCGCCGUCGGAUUCUUCUGCAGGAUACCUUUGACAAGAUACGACAUGUCCUUGGGUCUCUACAUCGUUCAACAGAUGUUUGUUGUGAUUUCGCCAGCAGCCUUCUUCGCUUUCAACUAUGCCCUGUUUGGGAGAUGGAUCCAGACCAUCGACCCUCGGUUCAGCGGCACUGGUCACUCGAGCUCGUAUGCAUCGACUUUGCCACGAUCCGAUGUCGAACUCGCCUCCAGUCUUGCAGGACACGACAGCGAUAAGCACCAGUACGAUCCCAUGGGCGCUCAGCCAUCUGGCGGUUUGAUGCAGAAGUCGCGAUUCUCCUUCAUCCCACCUCGCCUGGUAACACGCGCCUUUGUUUGCUCGGAUAUCGUCACUUUUAUCGUCCAGGUAGCUGCCGGCGGCAUCCAGGCUACUGGCGUCCAGGAUCUGGUCAACGUCGGCGACAAGCUCUUCCUGGCGGGCGUGGCGGCGCAAGGCGCCUCGUACGUCCUUUUCAGCGUGCUCAUCACCUAUGCGCUCGUUCAACUCGUUCGCGGCAGACAGGGCAGCUUUUCGAGCCUUCCGGCCGCCUCGAAAAAGUUUGUCAUUGCGAUUGCCCUGUCGAGUUUGAUGAUCAUCAUCCGCUCCGUGUAUCGAAUCAUCGAAUUUGCCCAGGGCAACGACGGCUAUCUCGUCUCUCAGGAAAAGUAUCUGUUUGGAUUGGAUGCGGCGCCAUUGAUCAUCGCUAUCAGUGUCUGGAUUUCUGCACACCACCACCACAAGAUCGCCAGCGUGGACGACAGCUUGAUCGGAGACGCUGAUCGAAGUGGCUCUGAUCGCGGGGACGCUGAUGCUGGUCAAUGCGGUGGGGUGGACGAGCAGCCGCAAGUCGCAAGUCGACAAACUCCGCCGAUCGCUGGUCUCUUCUUCUUUCCGGCGCUACUUUCGCGCGAGGUGCACGACCGGGUUCUAGCGCAGGUGUCGGAUUGCGGGUACUUUAGCCUCGACGCUGACGAGGACGAACGCGGUUCUGACGAUACGGAAACGACUGGGCUCGGCGAUGGCAAGGACGCGUACGAUCGAUCGCCGCGGAAUCAGGCGAUGCUGUUCGCAAGGUUGCUGCCAUGCAACGCUGUUGGUCAAGCGGAUGCGGACAACAAGGCUGGUACUGGUUACGACAGUGCAGAAGCGGAUGACCCAGCCGCGGACGCACAAGCCUGCUCUGGCCUGCCGAGGUGGGCUGUUGAGCUGAUCCAGCAUCUGCGGCAAACGCUCAUGGCUGUGGCCGACGACCAGCUCCCACUCGAUGUCAAGCAGCUCGUGUUUCCAACGAGUGGGAUGUUGUCGCGGCAGCUCAUUCUCAACCUGUAUCGAGGCGGCGAAGGACUGGCGUCGCACGUGGAUCUGGUGAAUCGGUUCGCCGACGGCAUUCUGCUGUGCUCGUUUGGGCCGAGCGGGUGUGGCACGGUGAUGGAGUUGACGCACGCGUCUGGGAAAGUGCAUCAGCUGUUCCUUCCUUCAGGGUCGGUGCUUCUGCUGUCGCGCGAGGCUCGGUACGAGUGGAAGCACGGCAUCCCGGCGCGCAGCAUCGACCUUGUGCGCUCGGCCGACGAUCCUGGCCACGUCGAAGCGAUCGCUCGGUCGAUCCGGCUGAGCAUCACGAUUCGCUCGAUGCUUCCGGGCGCCGACAUCGUGGGAGAAUGA